AUGUAUAUUGCUCAUGUACGUUGUGCAACUGAUAAAGCAAUUUGGGAUGGAAAAAUUAUGUUGGAAGGCUAUGAUGAGAGGUCCAAGGAAGUGGUGGAUGAACCUUGGAAUUUGAUUACUGAUGUUGUUGAACAAAUUCGUAUUGGAGAGCUAAUGGUAGCAAGUGAGAUCAAGCAUUCCUAUCAUGAUCAUAAUUUAAGACUGACUUUUAGUGGGAAGACCAAAAAUGAUGAUAGUGAGUGCGAUGGGUGCACGAGACCUAUAUCAACUCCUUUUUAUAGUUGUGAGCAAUGCAAGUUCUUUCUCCACAAAGAUUGCGCUGAAUUGCCUAAAGAAAUGCCACACCCCUUUCACAAGCAUUUGCUUACUCUCUCAAACUCACACGGUGAGUGUGGUUAUUCAUGGUACGAUGCUUGCGGUCGUGUGCAUCAAGGAUUUAGGUACAGAUGCUACGAAGGAGAUUGCAGCUUCGAAAUUGACAUUCAAUGUAUGUUAUUGUCGGAGACCUUGAAGCACCCAAGUCAUGAGCAUUCACUCUUUCUUGUCCACAACACCAAGGGAACGAGUUGCAGUGCUUGUUUCAGAAAUUUACAAUCAAGGGAUGUUGCAUAUAGAUGCAUGAAGCGCUGUGAUUUCAUUUUAGAUGUAGGUUGUGCAUCACUACCACUCUCUGCUUGGUAUAAGUAUGACAGGCAGGCUCUUACUUUGAGUUUUUUUGAUGAUUCUGAGCCUUCUCAACUUUACUGUGAUCUCUACGAGAAAGAAAGAGAGCCAAAUCGUUGGUUUUAUUACUGUGCUGAUUGUGAUAACUCUCUUCAUCUCAAUUGUGCUAUCGGGGAUCUCCCAUAUAUGAAGCUUGGGAACAAAUUCAAAACUUAUAGGCAUAAACAUCCAUUCACUAUUGUAAAAAAACAUCUGGAAUUGCCCUCCAUGUAA